CGGAAGCGGAAGUGCCAACCAGGUAGGAAACGAUCAAAUCUUUUCAGACCUGGUCCUAAAUGGAACAUAUGGCAGAAUAAAAUGACCGACCAAGAAAACAACAAUAGCAUUUCUGCUAACCCUUUUGCUGCUCUUUUUGGUUCUGUGGCUGAGGCGCAACAAUUUGUGGCUGGACGGAAACAGCAGCUGAGGCAGCAGACAGACGAGUAUAAAGGGGAUAGCCAGGAUGACUCUGACAACAGUAUUUCUGAAAGCCUGGAUGACUGUGAUGACUCGGUUGCAGAAAUCAGUCGUUCGUUCCGUUCACAACAGGAGAUAUGCGAGCAGCUGAAUAUCAACCACAUGAUUCAAAGGAUUUUCCUCAUAACACUAGACAACAGCGAUCCUAGUUUGAAGAGUGGGAAUGGAAUUCCUCAGAGAUGUGUUUAUCUGGAGGAGCUGGGAACAGAACUCGAUGGGCAGGAUUGGUUGGACAUGGACAAUAUAGAACAGGCCCUUUUUACUCGUCUUCUUCUGCCUGAGCCAGGAAAGUACUUGAUCUGCAUGACAUCCUCAGGAUCCCCCAACCUGUCUGCUGACAGAGAUGCUGGAGAGAAACACAUUUUCCCAUACUUAUUCUCUUGCUUUCAGAGAGCUAAAAAAGAGGUCACAAAAGUGCCAGAAAACCUUUUGCCAUAUGCAGUACGCUGCAAAGCUCUGGCUGUUUCCAAUGCCCGCACUGUUCUGCUCACCCCAGAGAUCUACCAAGGACAGGACAUUCCAGCCCAGUUCGUGGACCUGAUGUUGGAAGGACUUCAGGGGGGAUACUUUGAAGAGGUAUCAGAAUUCAUGGAAGAGCUAAUUGAGGCACUUUUGGCUGACGAGGAGGUGCACACGUUUAGUGAAGUCUUCCAACCUGUGUUUGAUGAGCUCCUGAAAAGGGUUAAAGAUUUAGACCUAUGUCAAAUGGUGCUUUGUACCUAUCUCGACCUCCUUCUCUACUGCACUCGGCAGAAAGAUAUAGCUAAGGUCUUUGUAAAAUACAUUCAGCCACAGGACCCCACAAAUGGCCACCAAUAUCAGAAGACACUCUUGGGGGUCAUCCUCAGUAUAUCCUGCUUGCUCCGUACCCCAGGAGUUGUCGAGAACCAUGGUUACUUCCUGAACCCGUCACGAUCCAGUCCUCAGGAGAUUAAAGUGCAAGAAUCUAACAUCCACCAGUUCAUGGCUCAGUUCCAUGAAAAGAUUUACCAGCUCCUGAAAAACCUUCUUCAACUGUCACCAGACACAAAGCAUCUCAUCUUGUCCUGGCUUGGAAAUUGUCUGCACGCAAAUGCUGGCCGUGCCAAAAUCUGGGCCAGCCAAGUUCCUGAAAUCUUUAUGCAGACCUAUGCCUCUGAUAGUUUCUUCCUGAAUCUCGGGGCAGCCCUGCUGCGCCUCUGCCAGCCGUUCUGUAAACCAAAAUCUGCUCGUCUUCUGACUUUCAAUCCCACCUAUUGUGCUCUGCGUGAGAUCAAUGAGGAGGAGCGUAGGAGUCGUAAUGCACAUGUUAAGGGCUUGGAUAAGGAGACUUGCUUGAUUCCAGUUGCCGCUGACCAACAACCCGAUUUCCCACAGAGCUUCAACCUUGUGACAGAGAACCUAGUGCUUACCCAAUACACGCUGCAUUUGGGCUUUCACAGGUUGCACGAGCAAAUGGUGAAGGUGAACCAGAGUCUGCAUCGGCUGCAAGGAGCAUGGCGUGAAGCCCAACAGAAUGGUAGCCCCACGGCUGAAGGCUUGAGGGAGCAGUUUGAACGACUAAUGACAGUUUAUUUAUGUCUGAAAACAGCACUCAGUGAGCCCCAAAUGCUUCAGAACUGCCUCCACCUGCAGGUCUCAACAGCACUCCUUUUGGUCCAGAUUGCGUUGGGCAACAGAGGCACAGAACCACUCACCCUCACAUUUCCUAUCCCUGAUGUACAACACAGUGCAUUGGCCUAUGUACCAGAAUUCUUUGCAGACAAUUUAGGAGAUUUCUUCAUCUUCCUGCGGCGUUUUGCAGAUGAUGUUUUGGAAACUGCAGCAGAAUCUCUUGAGCAGAUAUUAGACUUUAUCACGGCUUUCACAGGCAGCGUGGAGAGGAUGAAAAAUCCCCACCUGCGUGCCAAACUCGCAGAGGUUCUUGAAGCAGUCAUGCCUCACCUGGAGCAGGUCCAGAACCCCCUCAUUUCUAGUGUCUUUCACCGCCAGCAGAUUUUCUGUUCCUAUCGCCAUGCACCACAUUUGGCCGAGGCCCUUAUCAAGGUGUUUGUUGACAUUGAAUUUACAGGUGACCCUCAUCAGUUUGAGCAAAAGUUUAACUAUCGACGGCCAAUGUACCCCAUCUUGAGGUACAUGUGGGGGAGAGAUAAUUACCGGCAGAGCAUAAAGAAUCUAGCAGAUUAUGCAUCUGAGAAUCUGGAGGCUGUGAACCCCCCUCUCUUCUUACGUUUCCUCAAUCUACUGAUGAAUGAUGCUGUUUUUCUGCUGGAUGAAGCCAUUCAGUACUUGAGCAAGAUAAAGAUCCAGCAGAUUGAAAGAGACCGAGGGGACUGGGAUGGGCUGAGUGCGGAAAGUCGUCGUGAGAAGGAGUCCAAUCUGCUCAUGUUUGGACAGUUAGCCAGGUUCCACAACAUCAUGUCAAAUGAGACCAUCGGUACCCUGGCUUUCCUCACCUCCGAAAUCCGCUCGCUGUUUGUUCAACCAUUCCUGGCCGAACGCAUCAUUUCAAUGCUCAAUUACUUUCUCCAGCACCUGGUAGGGCCCAAGAUGGGAGCUUUGAAGGUGAAAGAUUUCAGCGAGUUUGACUUCAAGCCUCAGCAGCUGGUGUCUGACAUCUGUACCAUCUACUUGAACCUGGGAAAUGAAGAGAAUUUCUGUGCUUCGGUGCCCAAGGAUGGUCGUUCAUAUUCGCCUAUGCUGUUUGCACAAACUGUGCGGGUACUGAAAAAGAUAAACAAGCCAGGGAAUAUGAUUGUGGCAUUCACCAACCUUGCUGAGAAAAUCAAGUCUUUGGCAGAUUUGCAACAGCGUGAAGAAGAGACGUAUGCAGAUGCACCUGAUGAAUUCCUAGACCCCAUUAUGAAUACAGUAAUGUCAGACCCAGUCAUUCUGCCCUCCUCCCGAGUCACUGUGGACAGGUCAACUAUUGCACGGCAUCUGCUGAGUGAUCAGAGUGAUCCCUUUAACCGUAGUCCUCUAACCAUGGAUCAGAUUAAACCAAACGUUGAACUUAAGGAGAAGAUCCUGCAGUGGCUGUCUGAACGCAAGAAGCAAAGUGAAAACGUGGAAUGUGGGUCAUCGCAGACCAGAUCACAGACUUAAUAUUUUUUGUUUUGUGUGAGCCCAAAAGUUCACUGUUUUACACAAGGACCUUUGUUGGAAGACUUUGGCAUGUAAAGAAUGAAUCCUUCCAAGUGCUGCAAAUAAUUUUUAAUAUUGCAGAGCAGACGGCACAUAUACAAUUAUAAAGAUGCUUAUUAAAAAAAGGACCAUGAGUCCCUGUACCAGAUUAAUUCACAGGAAUGGUCAGUUUGGGCUGUCGACAAGUUGGUUAUCACCACCCAAAUUCACACUCAUGCAAAUGUCAGGCAUGAUAUUGGAUCUUAUUAGAUUCCCUCCCAAAAUGUAGUUUUAUUAAGUUACUUUAAUUUUAAGUUCGCAAUAACAGUUUACAAUUCCUUAAUAAGCGGAAGCUGAGUCAAUGACAUAAGUAAAUAGUGUAUAUUUAUAUGUAUGGAUAGAGCGAGAGAGAUGGGCUGUUAUAACUGUAUAAGUAAGGGCACAGGCUUCCAUUAAAAUACAGCCUACCCAGAUCAUAUUAUGGUUAAAGAACUGUGAUUUUAUUAUAAUCCAUAAAUUAAUAAAAGCUAAAAUUGA